CUCGCUGGCUGACGUACAAUUUAGUCUGUGACUAGCCAUGAAGUGUACUGGAAGUCUGGAAAUCCAUUGUGCCUUUAAGAUCCCAUUUCUUCUGUUCCUUCCCUUUUUUUUUUAUCUAAUCUAGAUGAUAAAGGAAUACGACGAGGGAAUAAUUUGACGGUUCUAGCAAAGGAUCAUGGGGGACCGAGAGGGAGUCCCGAUGGGGAAAUAGACUUUUGGUGACUAAAUACUGUUUAGACAUUUUUGUUGGGGUUUUAAUUGAAUUAAUUCAUUAUUUAUUCAUUGUUAAUAAACGUAUCUUUUAUAAUGCAACUCUCAUUUUGACUACCUGUUAGUGUGGAGAGAAAGAAGGAGAGAGAGAGAGAGAGAGAGAGAGAGAGAGGUAUCGGUGCCAGAGAGAGGUGGAGAGAGAGAGAGAAAGAGAAGGUCGCAAGCCACUAGUUACUUGGAAUAGAGAAAGGAAUGUUGUUUGCCUGAUGCUCAAGUUACACGUUUACCAAAUGAAUAAUGAGGAAAUAACCUCAUUACAGGUUUGGUGGCAGCGGUAUUAUUUUUGGAGGCAUAUAAUUGAGCUGUCAUGUUGAGAGUUACGUCUUUGAGACAAAUUUUUGAACACAUUAGUCAUAUCCUGGAGUUAAUUUUGUGAAAUGCGCUUACUUCGUGCCAGUACAGACGAUUUUUUCUGUAGAAUCAUGAGUUUUCCAAACUUGUGUGUCUGACUGGACAUUUUUUAUGCUGCUGUUCGAGCAUACGUCCGCAGGCGGAUUUUCUGCUGACAGGCGAUGUGAUGAGCCAUGUGCUGACUCUUUUCCUCUGAUGGUGAUAGCUCAGAGCUUUUGCAAUAUCUGGAAAUGUUGACAAUAGCAUUUCACGAGAGCGCAUGUGUGAGCUGAUUCGAUACAGUUUUGAAUAUGCCUUUUCCGUGAUAGUCUGAAGUCCCGUGAAACCGUUAUAAGUGAUACUGUGUGUAUGUGUAACAAAACAAGUCAACCGCCAAAGACGUUACAAGUUGGCGUGGUUUGGGCAAUUCAAAGAGUGCCACGCAUCUCUAUAUCCCUUCUUGAUUGGCCCUUGUGUCUUAGGAGCCAGAUUAACCAAUCAGCUUCUUGCAUAACGAUGCUGUGUGUAGGGGGCAUUUGAAACAGAUUGCCGAUCGGUCAAAUCAGUGCGUUAGCAGGUCCCAUAGAGAACAGACAAACUGGGUCGAGAGUGCCCAGUGCCUCCGCAGUCCCAUUCCCGUCGGCCGCCACACAAAGACGUGCGUCACCAUGAGUGUCAAUAAGUCUAACAUGCCGUCCGUUUGUGCACUAGUAUAGUUAACAUAAUAAAUACAGGCCACCUGUGUAGCUAAGAAGAAUACACCUGUGUUAAACAUUUCAUCGAUUAUUAUUUUUGCAUGUCCUACAUCGCAUGCACGUGAACUCCUCUCUCUCCUGUUUUUUUUCCUUCAUAUCCCGAACCCACAAAUGACCGAGAUCAGGUCAUAUAAUCUUUGGUGUCAGGUGUGGGGUUCCUGAGUUCUGUAAGGUCCUGUGGUGUCUUACGAGUCUUGUGGGGUGCUAUGAGGUCCUGUGAGAUUAUAUAAGGUCUUCUGAGGUCUUAUGAGGAGUCAAACAAGCGUUAGUGCUAAAUCAUUUUUGGCGACAAACAGUGAUAUGAGGUGAAAUAAACAUGGAUACGAGAGAAAAUUCGAUGGAUGGUGAUGACGAGGGAAAUGGUGAAACGAAUGAACUGGAUAAAAACAGUUAUGGCUAAAGCAAUCAGCAGAAAAGUGGCGAACCGUGCUAAGUACGGGAAUAAUAAAUCGAGUGGCCCUACCAUUUCGAAAUGCACAGUGCCAACCAGAAAGACAGUGUACAAUCACAACCCUAUGAUUUCGAAAUGCAUAGCGCUAACCAGAAAGACAGUGUACAAUCACACACCCUACAAUUUAGAAAAAAAAAAAAAAAAAAAAAAAACGCAGUGCUAACUAGACAGACAGAGUGCGAUCGCAGAUAUCAUUAAUAAAUUAUCGCUGUUAGACAGUUUCGCGACCGAAUUUGAUGACGAACAGGCGAGAGAAUAAUUUCAAUCGGCGAAAGUAUUCACAAAAUAUUGAAAAAAUCCGUACGAGACAUACGAACAGACAAAGAGUAAUGUGGGAGAAUUCAAAAUCGACGGUUGCAGCACCAAAUUCAAACGACGGUGGUGGCACCCGAACACCCUUCGUGACCCUUCGUGACCCCCCGAGUAACCGACUCGUGUAGCAGACCAAGUAGAGGAGUAACGAACGUGUUUUGAACGGAGAGAUGGCGAGCAGUCCAACCUCACGAGGAAGGACGGAAGUUGGCAGUAGCAGGAGAUGGCAUGGAGGUAAUGCCGGGAAGGUAGUACCCCAGGCUACCCCAAGUGCUGUGCGGGACUGUUCUACAGUGCCUGGGAACAAGACGUAGAAGACGAACCUGUCCACCCACGAGUCAAGAAUACUGGGACAGACAGAGGUCGACCAGAGCCUCUCCCCCGUGACUCCGUGGGAAGGGGGAAGUCCACUCUUACUUCUGAUCGCGACCUAUCGAAGAGUAGAGGGAUGAUGUUAAGGUGAAUAGUGCAGAAGUUCCCUUACCAACCUCGACCUGUGAAGGAAGUCACGAUACCUGCCUAAGGUAUGGAUAGGAUCAAGCGAUGUUAGAAUAAGGAAUAGCUGAUAGACGUCAGAUGACAGCCAGCAAACCAGUAAGAGUAUCCAGGCUCGAUGUGAAGAAGAUACAAGCAAACUAAUAGCAUCAGUAGCGGAUCGCCGGCACCGCUGCUGGCACUAAUAGAGUUGCUGACCUGUGAGCAAAUUGCAUAGAAAACGGGAACAUCUCAACCGUAUGGCAGAGAGGGACAGUUACGGGAUAGUGUCUUGGGACACAAUGGGGAUGUGAUGAGAGGAUACCCUUCACACCCCCGGAGGUGAGAAACCCUGCCCCACCUAGAGCCGACGUGAUUGCUAAAAGUUGUCACUGAUAGUAAUAUUGGUAUUAGUUUGACUGCACAAUGAACGAGUUGUGUAGCCUUUAGUAGUGUAAUCAAUAGCAUGUUGUGUUAGGGAAAUGCAGAUAGGGAAUUUGUGGACAGUAACAUUAGGAAAAAAAGUGUAUAAAAAAAUUAAGAGAGAGAGAAAAAAAAAAGGAUGUUUCUCUUAGGCCGUGUUCUGAUUAUAGUUAAAGUAUCGCGAACGACAAUGCAUUCCAUUUGUCCCCAUUGAAGAACUAUGAUUAAGAUUUAAAGACAGAAUUAUUAACGUAAGUUCGUUAAAGUGUUCGUCUGAGUAAAGUAACAAGACUGAUAUAUUUGUUGAAGAAAUUAUUAACGAAAAUUCAUUAAAAGAGUUUGAGUAAAGUAACGAGACUGAUAUUUUUGUUGAAAUAGUAGUCUGAAUUUCAUUGAAAAGAGAAGUAAUUUUUAAAUUUGAUAAUGAAGUGAGAACAAAUUGUAUUUUAUCCCUGAUGCAGAAAUGUCCUUAAGAAUGUUAAUUUCUCGACAAGAUCGUAGGAUCGAGCAAAUGUUAGAGUUUGCCAUUGUGGGGAUUGAUCAUAAAAAAAAAAAAAAAAAAAAAAAGAGUAAUAUGAGUAGCAGACGCUCUUCCCAAGACAUGAGCCACAGAGAGAGAGAGAGAGGAACUGCGAGGCACACAGUUAAUUGUUUCAGUUGCACCUGUGGGUGAGUUGCACAGAAAACAGAAGCAAGUGAGUCAGCUGUUGUGUGAAAUUGCUGAGCGAUUGCCAUGGAAGUGUACAUGUGAUGAGUGAGGUACCUGGGAGUAUACAUGUGUUGGCUGUGUGAGGGAGUUGACUGACAAGUCACAGUUUUCUGAACAUGCAAUAGAUAAAUUCUUCAUAAAAGAAAGAAAGAAAAAAAAAAGUAACUUGUUGUGCCGCCCUUCCUCCCUCUUCGAUAAAGCAAAUCAACCACAUAAUUUGUAAGUACCUGUAGUUGUCUUGCGUAGCAUACCAGCGCGAGUCAUGAAUAAAUGUGUCCGUCACAAAGUGAAUAGAGAAUAUCAUAAAAACAUGCUUAUGCACUUUUAUUUCAAGUCAGUUAUUGCUGAGAAAUUGAUGUCUAAUAAAAAUAAAAAUUCCUUUUGUUACAGUUCCAAGCAUAUAAUGAGUGAGUCUAUGUGAUCUAACUUGAUUAUUUUUUAUUGCAUUAUUGUUUUUUUAUUCCAUUAUUGUUUUUUAUUCCAUUUCAAGUAGUACUAAACAUCUUUUUGCAAUGUAUCUGAUUUUUGUCCAUCUCUAUUGAUGCCAAUUAUGCUGUGUCCAAAAUUUCAUAUCGUUGCCAACGCUGUUUAUACUUUGUCAGAAAUUUAUGAUCUUCCAUCGAUGAUGUGGGAAUAUGAGAUUAUUUUGAAAAAAAAGAAGUAAUUUUUUGUGUGUAAUCUUUGAAUUUUGAUUUUUUAUUUUCUUGUUUUAAUUUUGUGCAGAAGGGAUUCAGUAAGUUUUCUUAUACUUUUACCAAAUUUCUUAUGAGCAAUAUUUCAUUUUUAACUCAUGUUAUGUGAAUUUUUAUUUAUGAAUUUAACUUUUUUUAGCUGGAGCUGUGACUAUCCAUUUUCUUAUUGAUAUCAUUGAAUGUGAACCUAAAUUUGUUUUUCUGUAUGACACAUUGUGAGGCGUGAGAUUCAUUUGUUGUAACAUGUGUUUGUAACACGCCAAAUGGCCCUACCAUAAUAGUUUUAAAUUUUGCACAAAUUGGACGGUACAGCACUCAAAGGCGGUGUGGCACUCAAAGAAGAGCAACAAUACGCAAAUCAUAAGAUCACUGUAUAUCUUGCGGGACGCAAGAACUGGGGAGGGAGUGAUGAGCUGAUUCGAUACAGUUUUGAAUAUGCCUUUUCCGUGAUAGUCUGGAGUCCCGUGAAACCGUUAUAAGUGAUACUGUGUGUAUGUGUAACAAAACAAGUCAACCGCCAAAGACGUUACAAGUUGGCGCGGUUUGGGCAAUUCAAAGAGUGCCACGCAUCUCUAUAUCCCUUCUUGAUUGGCCCUUGUGUCUUAGGAGCCAGAAUAACCAAUCAGCUUCUUGCAUAACGAUGCUGUGUGUAGGGGGCAUUUGAAACAGAUUGCCGAUCGGUCAAAUCAGUGCGUUAGCGGGUCCCAUAGAGAACAGACAAACUGGGUCGAGAGUGCCCAGUGCCCCCGCAGUCCCGUUCCCGUCGGCCGCCACACAAAGACGUGCGUCACCAUGAGUGUCAAUAAGUCUAACCUGCCGUCCGUUUGUGCACUAGUAUAGUUAACGUAAUAAAUAAAGGCCACCUGUGUAGCUAAGAGGAAUACACCUGUGUUAAACGUUUCAUCGAUUAUUAUUUCUGCAUGUCCUACAUCGCAUGCACGUGAACUCCUCUCUCUCCUGUUUUUUUUCCUUCAUAUCCCGAACCCACAAAUGACCGAGAUCAGGUCAUGUGUACGAGUUUGCUUUCUGGACAUCUCCAGUCAAUAAAGUUGUCCAGUCGAUAAAGUCGCGAUGUCGAGAAAUUCCGUAACUUUACAUGGGACAUUUCUUGGGAAAAACGCGGGGGGUUAUGCAUAUUAUACAUAUAUUAUAUAUUUUGUGAUUGGGGAAAUUUACUUGUGGUUAUCUUUAUUUUUUUUUCUUCCUUUUCCUACGAGAGAUAUAAUUGGGGGAUUUAGGUUAAAUAGCAUUUCUUUUUGGACGGGUGAUGUGAUUUAUCGGGGUUGUUAUUUACGUAAAUGGGAGUUUGACAUUAAGUCUCAUUGUGAUUAAUUGUAUGAGCAGUAAAGGGGUUUUCCUGUUAAACAUUGGAGAUUUUUUACUGAUUUUGUGGGUUGUUCAGUUAUUAGAGCUUGAGAGAACAUUUUUUGGGUCUGGGCGUGUUACGUGAUUUUUUUUUUCCUUGGGCUCAUUACGAUUUUUUCUUUUUUUUUCUUGUGAGAACAUUCGAGUUUUAAAUGUGAGUGCAGAAGUCCGUGGAGUUGCUGUGAUUUCUGAGUUGCGUGUGCUGAUGUGUGAGUUUGGAGAAUUGAGUUGGAGAACUUGAUGUUUUUUUUUCUUUGAGAGUUGUGAUAAUGACUUAUGAUUUAUUAGUAGUCAUAUUAAGGGAGUUAAUUCGGAGACGUUCAGUUAGUAUUUCUGACUUUUUGAGAUCGUUGUUUGAUAGAAGUAGUAUGUCUGGGGUUAAUUCUUUUUAGAUUGACCAGUGACUUGACUGACAUACUAACACACCAAAAAGUCGUUUCCUACCAGCCGUGCAGAGAGUGUUGCUGUCGUUUUGUGCAGGGUGAUUACAAGAGUUUCCACGAUGGUGAUCACGAGAGUUCUACAGCGUUUCUUUUGGGGAUCUGCAGAAGCCGUGAGAAGUCUUCUACAAUGAGGGAGGCAUUCCGUCUUCCUUUAGCCUGCUACAGUUUGAGCAGCAAGUUGCAGACAAAGAGGGAUAUUCAAGAAUCCUAAAUGAGAGAAAAUUCUAGUGUUAUUUGGAGAUAAAAGCGUAACAGACUUCAUUUUAUAAUGCCAGAGACGUGCAGUUAUUACUUAUAUUUUAUUUUGAGCCGGCCAAUGUGUUUUAUAUUACAUAAGCUAUUUUGUUUGUCAAUUUUGCUAGGCGGGAGCUAGCAUUUCGAGGGCCGAGCUAUGAGGGCCUAGGGUUUUGAUUAAUAAUAUAUUGCCAAUAUGUUCGUUGUGACCUAUGGAAUGUGGAGAAGCAACGACCCGAGGAAAGCUGAUGAAUAGUUUCUGUGGGUGGCGUGACAUAAAACUGCAUAGUAAGACAAGUCAAUGUACGACAGUUUAUGAACUCUUCUCAAAGUGCCUUUGUGAAACUAGUUGCAACUAGUAUUGUGAGGCGCUAACGAACUGUGCGUUCGUGUGUGCGUGUGCGCCUCUUCUAUUGAUAAUGUAUGAUACGCAAGUCUAUGGGGGAUUUGGCAUAGAGGCGGCUUUGAGAGAAAGGCAGGAUGCCGUGGUGCUCACCGGGAGUCUCUUUAUAAUAUAGUGCUUUAAAUAUUCCGGCUGCUUGGGUUACCAAACACAUUCACAAUGAGGACGAAGUGGCUGAACACAAGAUUCUCAUUAUUGAAGUUUAUCCUUCUCCUGUCGCUCUUGGGAGGAUUCACUUACCUGCACUGCAUUAUUCGCUUUACGGACAUCGGAAAAAAGCACGUACUUAUUUCCCCUGAAUGGGUGUUCCGUCAAAAUGAAGCAACCUGUAGUCCUGUAACCAACAUAGCGUUUUUAAAAAACCACAAGUGUGCCUCUUCUGCAAUACAGAACAUUCUAUUCCGCUACGGCUUCAACCACGACCUUCUCUUCGCUUUGCCGGAAACCGGGAACUACUUCGGUGGAAGAAUGCCCUUCAAUAAUCUCAUGGUUCGCUCCGCACCUUGGUUCAAGCUUGGCUUGAACAUCUUUGCAAUUCACACGAAAUGGAACCACCAAGAGGUGAAGGACAUCAUGCCAGAGGGUUCGGUGUACAUAACAAUCUUAAGAGAACCAGUUGCUCUGUUUGAGUCGCUUUUCACCUUCACAAAUAUGGGAAAGGUAAACAAUCAAAGCCUCGAUGAGUUUGUGGCUACUCAAGACGUUAAUGGGAAGAGGCAUUACGGUUACUUGGGCUACAACCAGAUGGCCUGGGAUUUUGGCGUGCCAGGACCAGAGAUCUAUAACAUUACUUAUGUCCAGGAGAUGGUAGAAGAAGCCGAUAAAGCCUUUGAACUUGUCAUGAUAGCUGAGAGGAUGGAGGAGUCUCUGGUUCUCAUGAGCCAUUUGCUCUGCUGGGACAUCACAGAUGUUCUCGUUUUGAAAAUUAAUGCCAGGAUGGCCGAGUUCAAGAAGGAUAUGAACGAAAAGACCCGGACUCUCUUAAGAAAGAAACUGGCUCCAGACUAUCUCAUCUACAAUUUCUUCUCCCAGAAGUUUAGCAAGUUAGUGGAAGACUACGGAAAAGAGAGGAUGAGAAGGGAUGUGUCCAGACUUAAAAAGGCGACUGAACAACUCAUGGCAGAAUGUGGAUUUGCCCAGGAAGCGAGCGGUGAUAUGAUAGGGCCUAACAAACCUUGGUCAGAUCAGGUUUCUGGCUACCAGUCGCUGUCUAAAGAGAGCAAAUGCCAGCAGAUGUCACGUUCAGAAAUUUCCUUCAUAAAUCUCCUACGAAAUAAGCAAAGGAAUCAAUUUCUGAUGAAAUAUGGACUGGGAAGGAUGAAUGGAAGAGAUGCUUUGCCAAUGGGGGCCAUGGCGUUACAGGGUCCAGGGGACGUAGCUGAAAGGAUCAAGCAGCUUCGGGAAGAACUCGUCUAUAAGGUUCAGGCAGAAUCCGUCGAGGGCAAUGUCACCCACGGAGGCAAACUGAACCAGAGCCAAUGAUCUGGCUCAAGCUAAAUUUUUAAUCAUAUUUCUCACAUUACAGUAUGAUGUCCGUUUUCCACAUCAAUAUGUAAGUGUUGCCUUACUAGAGUGUGAUAUAACUAUGGCAAAGUACUUUAAGAAUAACCUUUCUGUUUUGAUGACUUGUGACAGAGAUUUUACUUUUUUAUAUAUUAUUUUGGGUAUUAUUGAGUUUUAAAAUCAAAAGCACAUUAUAUUUAUUUUUUUACGUUUUUUAUUGAAGGAUAACAGGUAUGGGAUGAUUUUUCUAAGGCAAACAUAUUUUAUAUAUAUUUUUUUAAAAUAAAUGUGUCAAUACCGA